GAGGAAAUAUCGCAGCUGAAGAGGAGAAAGGUGGAUUGUUUUUACUUUACUGUGGAUGUGCUACACAUUUUGAUCGAUAUCCGCCAAAUCGUCGAAAAUGAGUGCUAGUUUGGACAUCAGACUGAAAAGAGCAAAUAAAGUAUAUCAUGAGGGGGAGGUCCUUGCCGGUGUUGUGGCGAUAGUUAGUAAGGAGGCGGUCCAGCACCAGGGCAUCACUCUCACCAUGGAGGGAAUUGUCAACCUACAGCUUAGCUCCAAGAGUGUGGGAGUCUUUGAGGCCUUCUACAACUCUGUUAAGCCCAUUCAACUUAUCACAAGCAACAUUGAAGUGGUAAAGCAAGGCAAGGUGCCUGGAGGCAAGACAGAGAUUCCCUUUGAGUUCCCCCUGCACACAAAGGGCAACAAAGUGCUGUAUGAGACCUACCAUGGUGUUUUCGUCAACAUUCAGUACACCCUCCGUUGUGACAUGAAGCGCUCCUUGUUGGCCAAAGACCUGAGCAAGACCUGUGAAUUCAUGGUGCACAGUCUGCCACAGAAAGCCAAGCUGCAACCCACCCCGGUAGACUUCACCAUCACGCCAGAGACCCUGCAGAAUGUCCGCGAGAGGAGUUUGCUGCCCAAGUUCCUGAUCCGGGGCCACCUGGAUGCCACCAACUGUGUGAUCACUAAGCCCCUGACUGGAGAACUGGUGGUGGAGAGUUCUGAUGUGGCCAUCAAGAGCAUCGAGCUGCAGCUGGUCCGCGUAGAGACCUGCGGUUGUGCUGAGGGCUAUGCCAGAGAUGCCACAGAGAUCCAGAACAUCCAGAUAGCAGAGGGAGACGUUUGCCACAGCCUCCCCAUCCCCAUCUACAUGGUCUUCCCCAGGCUCUUUACCUGCCCUACCCUUGAGACCAUCAACUUUAAAGUCGAGUUUGAGGUGAAUGUGGUGAUUGUCCUCCAUGACGAACAUCUGAUCACUGAGAACUUUCCUCUGAAGCUGUGCCGAGCGUGAGAGCCCAGAGCUCCACUACAAUGGAGGAUGGUCAGAGGAUAGUGCCGUUGACAUGCCUGGGCAAGAACGACCUGAAGUGACCAAGGACUCAUAGUCCAGAGAUAGCCAAGCCUACAAGUCCUGGCAGACAGCCAUAUCUGUUGGCUGGGCCUCCCUGCUCUGAAUCAAUGACACGGUCUAUAAGUGCAUAAUGUUAUAUGGACGUAUGUCUACAGUUCAGGGAAAAAAAGACUGAAAAAGCAGAGGAUGUUCAAGGUCGUGGGCUACCUUUCAAUAUAAUAGUGCAAAUGUCAAAAUGGAUAAAGUAACUUAAUUGUGUAUCAAUUCAUGAUAUCUUUGAAGCCGCGUUGUUGCAUUUCAGAAGUUUUUUGGAGAGACAUUGUCCAUCAUUAGCAGUAAUAUGGUCAAUUUCUAACUGAAUAUCGGCACUGUCAAAAUGUAGCCCAAAGAACAUUCUAAAUGGAGGAAUUUCAAACUAACAAGGUAUUCAAAAUCAACCAAGUUAUUAAAUGCAUUUUAACAUUCC